GACGACAGAUGAUGACGUGUGGGUGUUGUCCCAUCGCGAAGGGGCAACUAUUUGAACACGGCUCUUUGUCAUUCCCUUACGAGAGUUAACGCUUGUAAAUUGAGUUUUGGCGAAAUGCGUAUAAGACUACACGACUCGUAUUUGUUGUUGUUGUUUUUUUGAGGAUGUAAUGCUAAUGGGGAAAGUUGUGUGCUAGCUAGCCUAGCAUGCUAACGGUCCAAACGAGAAAACCUAGUUAUGUUCGUAACUUCUGAGUCUGGCCGGGGUAGUAUAAAACCUAUUUUUGUUCUCUUAUGGAGCGAGUUAACCCUCACUUCAGAUGUUUAACAACUGCGGUUUUGGUCUAGUUUAUUCCACAGCGACCGUAGUAGUUCAUUAGCUCGCUCGUUAGCACCUAUCUUUGGAAGAAUGAACAGAAAAUACAAAUAUAAAGAAGCAGAAGUCAGCUGCUGCGUCAAAUACUUUCUAUUUGGAUUCAAUAUUCUAUUCUGGUUACUGGGAGCAGCAUUCCUUGCCAUAGGCCUGUGGGCAUGGGCGGAGAAGGGCGUGCUGUCCAACUUGUCAUCCAUCACAGAUCUGGGGGGUUUCGACCCUGUUUGGCUCUUCAUUGUUGUCGGCGGGGUCAUGUUCGUGCUGGGCUUUGCUGGAUGCAUUGGAGCACUGCGGGAGAACACGCGCCUGCUUAAAUUUUUCUCCGUGUUCCUGGGUUUGAUCUUCUUCCUGGAACUCGCCGCAGGAAUUCUUGCCUUCGUCUUUAAGGAUUGGAUCAAAGACCAGCUCAACUUCUUCAUUAACAAUAAUAUCAAGGCUUACCGCGAUGACAUCGACUUGCAGAAUCUCAUUGACUUCGCCCAGGGAUAUUGGUCAUGCUGUGGCGCUCACGGGCCUGAUGACUGGAAUUUGAACAUGUACUUCAACUGCACUGAACAGAACCACAGCAGGGAGCGCUGUGGUGUCCCUUUGUCUUGCUGUGUCAAAGACCCUGUGGGUGUCGUCAACACGCAGUGUGGUUAUGAUGUGCGACGUGAAGAGUUUGUACAGAAGCUGGAUCAACAAAAAUACAUCUAUACCAAAGGCUGUGUGGGGCAAUUUGAAAAGUGGCUGCAGGACAACCUCAUUAUUGUUGCUGGCACCUUUGUCGGGAUCGCACUUUUGCAGAUUUUUGGAAUCUGCCUCGCUCAAAACCUGGUGAGCGACAUCAAAGCUGUCAAAGCCAACUGGUGACCAGGGAGGUGGCAUGAGUAGUCCCUCAGAAGCCCUUGCAGGUCUAUGAGGCAGCCCUCCUGUCUGAUGUGUAACUGCUCUGAGCUAGGUAGCACAUCUGUAUAUCUAUAUAUUUUUUUGAUAGUCCCUCGCUGCCUACCCCUUCUCAGACAA